AUGGCUUCGUUCUUUGCCGGAUCUAGGUUCCCUGCCCCAGACCGUUCCCGCUUCCCGCCUGGACCCGGAAGUGUUUACAUCAGCGAACCCGCGAACAAGAAUGAAAGUGGCAUUAGACGCGCGGCCCACACCAAGGACCGACUCUUGACCGAGCCCUACGAGGGCAUCAAGACUGUCGCAGAUAUUCUCGACUACAAUGCUCGCACUCACGGCGAGCGACCAGCCAUGGGUUGGCGAGAUAUCCUCGAGGUUAUCGAAGAGGAAAAGGAGAUCACCAAGACGAUUGACGGCAAGGAAACAAAGCAGAAAAAGGUCUGGAAGUACUUUAAGCUCAGCAGCUACCAGUACAUCAGCUACAUUGAGCUCCGACAACGCGCCAUCGAUAUUGCAAAGGGUCUCCUCGAGCUUGGCGUCAACAAGGGUGAGGUCUGGAAUAUCUACGCCUCGACCAGCCCGACUUGGCAAAUGAUGCAGCAUGCGUGUGCGCAAAUCUCGGUCCCAAUCGCGACUGCAUACGACACGCUUGGCGAGGAAGGAUUGACGCACUCGCUCAAUGAACCAGAGUGCGUUGGUAUCUUUACCAAUGCGGAUCUCCUCGGGACGGUGGCCAAAGUCAUUGCCAAUACGCACACGGUUCGUUAUGUCGUGUACGACGGCGAGCCGGCUGCAGGUGUCUUGGACAAGAUUAAGAGUGCUAGCGCGUCGCGCGAGGGUGGAGAGGUCAAGAUUAUGUCGCAGAACGAGCUCCGCGCACUUGGACAGGGCAAGCCAGACCUCCCAGCCGAUCGCCGACCACAGACGGACGACUUGAUGUGCAUCAUGUACACAUCUGGCACGACGGGGAAUCCGAAGGGUGUCAUCAUUCCUCACAGCAUGAUCUGUGGUUCGCUCGCGGGUAUCCUCUCGCUCCUCUACCCAGUCUUUGCGCCGGAGGAAGACUCUUUCCUCGCCUUUUUGCCACUUGCGCACAUCUUGGAGUAUAUCGUCGAGAUGGUGAUGCAGCUUAUUGGGUGCAGGAUUGGAUAUGGACGUAUCAAGACGUUGACGGACGCGAGCGUUCGUGGAUGCUUGGGUGAUCUCAGAGAGUUCAAGCCGUCGAUCAUGAUUGGUGUUCCGGCCAUUUGGGAGACGAUUCGCAAGGGUAUCAUCAGCAAGGUCAACAAGAUGAGCGCACUGAAAAAGUCGGUGUUUGAUGUCAGUAUGACUGUCAAGCGUGCCCAAGUCCCCGUGCUUGCCAACUUUGUGGAUAAUGUCAUCUUUGGCGCCGUCAAGGACCAGACUGGUGGCCGACUUCGCUAUGUGCUCAGCGGUGGUGCUGCUAUCAGCAUCGAGACUCAGGAAUUCCUCUCGACGGCACUCGUCACCGUCCUCCAAGGAUACGGAUUGACCGAGUCGUGCGGUACUGUCUGCAUCCUGCCUCCCGAGUUCCUCUCGUAUGGUCCUGUCGGUAUCCCAUCGCCCGGUACGGAGAUUAAGCUCCUCAGCGUACCUGAGGCUGGGUAUGAUGCGCAGGGCAAGAUCCCUCAGGGCGAGAUUUUGAUCCGCGGUCCCUCGGUCACCAAGGGAUACUUCAAGCGGCCCGACUUGAAUGAGGAUCGUACCAUUUUCACCGAGGAUGGAUGGUUCCGCACUGGGGACGUUGGACAGUGGAACGAGGACGGCACCAUGAGCAUUAUUGACCGUGUGAAGAAUUUGGUCAAACUGUCGGGUGGAGAGUACAUUGCGCUCGAGCGCCUGGAGACGACGUACCGUACCUCGUCCCUUGUGGCCAAUGCAUGCGUGCACGCCACGUCCGAGUCGAAGCAGCCCAUCAUCGUCGUGUUCCCGCACGAGGUGCACCUGAGAGACGCGAUCAAGGCGUCGAAUGACCCCAACUUGCCUUCUCAUGAAGCCGACAUUCACAAGCUUUGCGACACGCCGGCCGUGGUGCAGCUCGUGUUCAAAGACUUGUUGAAUGUGGCCAAGAAGAACAACUUCAAGUCAAUUGAGAUUGUGCAAGGUGUCGUCUUGACGCCCGACGAGUGGACGCCGGAUAAUGGGCUCGUGACUGCGGCCCAAAAGGUUCAGCGCAAGAACGUGGAGAAGACGUUUAAGAAGGAGAUUGACGCUUGUUACAAGGCUGCUGGAAACUAA